GCCUCAGCAAAGUGUUACGAGUUAUUCAUUGUGGUUAUUGGGGAGAAGAAGAGAAAAUUCCACGAAAUCAUUGUACAGUCUUUUUGGUAACAAAAUCUAAAAUGUUUUCAUCUGCUAAAUAUAUAAUACAUUAACUUUGCCUGGACACAAAAACAGCAACUUACCUUUGCUCCAACAUGACAGUGAGUGGGUUACUGUUAUGGGAAAAGUAGAAUGGAGCUGACAGUACAGGGGUUGGCAGGAGUAUAAAACAGAUGACAUGAAAAACUGCUUCGUCUGCCAGGGGAACACAUUUGUUUUCUACAUUAAAACCUUUGGACUGGAAGAAAGCAAAUACACUCUCAGAAUCAGGACAUACCGUUGUCUAUGAAGAAUGCUGUAUCUGCCGCAGAGGGUAAUUAGUGGACUCAAAACUCAUUAUGGGCAGGGUACAAGCAGAUGAUUUUAUAGCUGGCUGGUUUGGAGGGGCAGCUAGUGUCAUUGUAGGACACCCUUUGGACACCGUGAAGGCCCGAUUACAAGCUGGCCACGGUUAUGGAAAUACGUGUAACUGUAUACUUAAAGUAUACAAGAAUGAAAACGUUGCCGGAUUCUUUAAAGGAAUGUCUUUCCCUUUGGCCAGUAUUGCAGUUUACAACUCAGUGGUGUUUGGGGUCUUCAGUAAUACCCAAAGGUUGAUUCGAAGGUAUCGGAACACAAGCCAAACGCGGUCUCCUGACCUCAUAGACUUGACGGUGGCAAGCAUGUUAGCGGGAUGUGUCUCUGUGGGAAUUGGCGGGCCAGUAGACCUGGUAAAGAUAAAACUACAAAUGCAGACCUUAUCUGCUACCUCAGAAGGCCUGCCGCGGAAUCAGGGGGCAACGCUAACUCAUGACAAGACACGCUACAGAGGUCCAAUCCACUGCGUCAACUGCAUACUAAGGAAAGAAGGAUUUUCGGGCAUGUAUCGCGGUGCUGGCGCAAUGCUUCUGAGAGACGUUCCCGGUUACUGCCUUUAUUUCAUUCCCUACACCUAUAUAUGUGAAUGGAUGACCUUCAGCCACCACACAACACCGAGCGCUUUUUCUGUGUGGCUGGCAGGCGGCAUCGCAGGCGCUAUUUCCUGGGGCACAGCCACACCAAUGGAUGUAGUAAAAACACGUCUACAAGCAGACAGUCUAUGUCCGAGGAAAUACAAAGGCGUUAGAGACUGCAUCUCACAAAGUUACCGUAAUGAAGGAAUUCAGACUACGACAAAAUGCCCAUGUAAUGAAUCGUCUGCUGUAACCCAUAAACACUUCAGUGGAGAUGCAUGUUCCUGUCUCCUAAUUCCAGAGGAAGGUAACUGCAAUCUGACCUGUUUCCAAGAUGGGAUUGAUAAAUACAAAGGAAUCAUUACAAAAGGACACCCUGGAAAAUUUAUCAACAAAACUUUCUCCACAUACGCAGCAAUGUGUGCUUUAACGUCAUGCGCUGGGGAGUGCAGAAAUAUGACGACCGUGAAUGCGACCGUCUUUUGGAAUGAAGUUCAGAAAGCUUUUCAACAAAUUACCUCUGCAAACCAGAAUAUAAAAGCAAAAGGCCACCUUGUCGCUGUCUGAAUCUGCUUCUUACAGGAGUGUUAAGCUGCAUACACACUAGAAGACGUCGCUCUAUGAGCGACGUCAUCUAGUUUUUCCCCGCCCAGUCGGCAGCUGCCCGUACACAGAGUGAUAUGACCAUUCAUAUCGCUCAGUGACAUCACGCAGCGGCCGGCCGUGCAUGCAGCUACUGGGCGACAGUCGAGAUUGAGCAUGCAUGCACUGCCGACACCGAGGGUCGUUAACGACCCGCGGUGCCGUGCAUCGGCCGUCGUCGCCGGCAUACACACUUGCAGAGAAAGUGAACAACGUCGCCCAUGAAGGGAGAAAAUGAGCGACGUCGUUCAUUUUAUCGGCAAGUGUGUAUGCGCCUUUAGUCUCCAGAUAAAUAGACAAAUGUAACAAUAAAAAAAGUAGAACAUCGCUAGGGGUAGUGAAUCAAGCUCAAGGUGGGUACACACUGAUAGAUAUAUCUGCCGAUCAAUUGAUUGGCAGAUAUAUCUAUGGACGGAUCGGGCAGUGUGUUGUGCAUACACACUGCCCGAUCCGUCGGGGACUGAUGUCAUGAACUGGGCGGGCGUGUACACACGCCCGUCCAGUUCAGCUGUCAAUCACCGCCGGCUGCCAUAGCAUGUGUACGCGCGGUCGGCGACUGUCUGUACACACAUCAAUAUAUUUGUAGAUAUAUCACGUCGGCUGUGCUGCGGGGCCGAUGCGAUAUGUCUGUGAUCGACGGAGUUCACAGACAUAUCGCCCGUACACACUGGCCGACGGACCCGCGAUAUAUCGCCCGUUCAAGAAAACGGCCGAUAUAUCGGCCAGUGUGCACCCACCUUCAGAAUCGGUCUGUGUUUCAAUUACAGUCUGAUUUUGAGUUUGAUUCACUUACCCAUUAUUGUAAUUUCUAUGCUUACCCCUAGUCCUUUUUUUAUUAUUACAUCUCUCUAAACCACCUAAAAGAAUUAUUUAUUUUUUCUAUUUAUGCUAUUAGAGAACUUUUUUAUAAUUUAAAAUGUUUUAAGUUAUGAAUACUAAACACGUUUUAUAUUGCACU